GAUAGUAAUGGAUCCAGAGACACUACGAGAGAUCAUGUCAAAACACGAACUCUUCCCGAAACCAAAGAUUGGGUCACAUAAUCAUGUUUUCCUCAGUGGUCUUCUUAAUCACGAAGGUCCUAAAUGGUCCAAGCAUCGAAGCAUUCUUAAUCCUGCUUUCCGUAUCGAUAAUUUGAAGAGCAUACUACCAGCAUUCAACUCGAGUUGCAAAGAGAUGUUAGAAGAAUGGGAAAGAUUAGCUUCAGCAAAAGGAACAGUGGAACUUGAUUCAUGGACUCACUGUCAUGACUUAACCAGAAACAUGCUUGCUCGUGCUUCUUUUGGUGAUUCCUACAAAGAUGGUAUCAAGAUCUUCGAAAUCCAACAAGAACAGAUCGAUCUUGGUCUCCUUGCUAUUCGAGCCGUCUACAUUCCUGGAUCAAAAUUCUUGCCAACAAAGUUCAACAGGAGGUUGAGAGAAACCGAAAGGGACAUGAGGGCUAUGUUUAAAGCUAUGAUUGAGACUAAAGAGGAGGAGAUAAAAAGAGGAAGAGGUACCGACAAAAACAGCGACUUGUUGUUCUCGAUGUUGGCUUCGAAUACAAAAACCAUCAAAGAACAAGGACCAGAUUCAGGGCUGAGUCUUGAUGACCUGAUAGAUGACUGUAAGGCUUUCUAUCUAGCUGGUCAAAAUGUCACUUCUUCAUUGUUUGUUUGGACACUUGUUGCUCUAAGCCAACAUCAAGAUUGGCAAAACAAAGCGAGAGACGAGGUUUCUCAGGCCUUCGGUAACAACGAGCCAGAUUUCGAAGGGUUAAGCCACCUGAAAGUCGUAACAAUGAUCCUCCAUGAAGUUCUAAGGCUCUAUUCACCAGCUUACUUCACAUGUCGGAUAACUAAACAAAUAGUGAAGCUAGAGAGAUUCUCUUUACCCGAAGGAGUUGUGGUCACAAUACCAAUGCUCUUGGUGCACCAUGAUCCUGACCUUUGGGGAGACGAUGUGAAACAGUUUAAGCCCGAGAGAUUCGUUAAUGGUGUGGCGGGUGCAACCAAAGGAAGACUCUCAUUCUUGCCAUUUAGCUCGGGCCCUCGGACUUGUAUCGGUCAGAACUUUUCGAUGUUGCAAGCUAAACUCUUCUUGGCAAUGGUACUUCAAAGGUUCAGUGUAGAGCUCUCUCCAUCGUAUACUCAUGCUCCUUUCCCAGCUGCAACUACAUUUCCACAACAUGGAGCUCAUUUGAUCAUCCGAAAAGUUUAGGAGGUAGAAGAAGAAGAACAAAUGUAAAGGUCCUUCCUUUCUUUUUUGUUCAUCAACAAAACAGAACCUUGAAGGUGUGUAGUGGUAAAUGCAGUUUGAAUCCUGUCAAGAAAUCUUAUUUGGGUGUUUUUGUAUAUAAGAAACUGAUUCAAAUCUAUAAAUUUCAUAAGAUUUC